AUGGCAGCAAGAGGGCAUAGUUCGGGUUCGACGGCGAAGACGGCAAAAAAUAUGAAAAAGAAAUCGUUAGGAAACACUAAAAAGGGUCCUGCAGUUGCAACUGCUGUGUCAUUUGAAGAUAGCUUUACUGCUGUUAAAGACGUGUUCUCUGCUAAGACGGGUGACAAUGAGAACGCGGGAAAGGGAAGCGUAGUUAACGAACGAGGUGCAGAAGAGUCCUUGAUUGCUUAUGUGCACAAACUUUCGCCAACAAAGAAAAAUAGACGGCAGACAAUGGAGUACUCUACGUUAGUGUUACAGACUGAGAAAAAGAGUGUCCAAGCGUUGCUGUAUGCCAACAAAAAAAGACCAAUACUCGCCGACAGCGCUCGUAGUCACACUCCGAUUAAAAUACAGCGAUUCACGAAAACAGCCGAUGGGGAAAAGGUGAUCAUCAACGAGAUGGCAAAAGUUGGCUUUGCUCAACAAGGCGACUAUUCGUUUCAGUUCGAGGAACUUGACAACAGUUUGAAGAUUUC